AGACUGGUGAUGAUAUUUCGCAAGUCUUACGGCUAGACAGCACAGAGGCGGUCUCCUGUUUCACAGCACAAACUAUAAAUCGCCACGCGUCCGUUGCCGCCAUUCAAACACGCCUGUACACUCAUAGCCGCACAAAAUAUCCUCUUCCCCUUUCCUCGCUGCCACUCAACUAAACGCUAAACCCAAAACCCGCCGCCUUUAGAUCUUCCACUCCUUUUGACCUUGAAAGGAUCAGUCUUGGUGCGGAAAAAAAAACGACACAGAAAUGAAGAUACAGUGCAACGUAUGCGAGGCUGCCGAGGCCAAGGUUCUGUGUUGCGCGGACGAGGCCGCGCUCUGUUUUGAGUGUGAUGACAAGGUUCACGCUGCGAAUAAGCUCGCCAGCAGGCACCAGAGGGUCCCUCUCUCCUCUUCUGCUUCUCAGAUGCCCAAGUGCGAUAUUUGUCAGGAAACAGCUGGCCUUUUCUUUUGUUUACAAGAUCGGGCCUUACUCUGCAGGAAAUGUGAUGUUGCCAUACACACUGCAAAUUCUUUUGUGUCUGCUCAUCAGAGAUUUUUGCUUACUGGGGUGAAAGUAGGUCUUGAAGCAGCUGACCUUGGUGCAUCUUCAUCUACAGUCAAGUCAACUUCUGGGGAGAAAAUUUCAGAAACCAAAUCCCACUCAAUGUCUAGAUGGAGCAACCUGAUGCCAUUGGCUGGUGAAUGCAAAGAUGUUUUACCUGCAAACACUGGUGGAAUUGGGGAUUGUGAGACAACAAGAGUAUUGUUUGCUGGGGGUUCUACCACUGAAAGCAUACCAUUGUGGCAAGUGGAUGAAUUUCUUAGUCUUCCUGAAUUUUCUCAAAAUUAUGGUUUCGUGGAUAAUGGAUCAUCUAAGACUGAUACUGGCAAGCGUGGAGACUCCGACAGCUCCCCAAUCUUAAGAUCCUCUGAGGAAGAGCUAGACGAUGAUGAGUGCUUGGGUCAGGUGCCAGAGAGCUCACAGGCGGUGCCACAAAUUCCUUCCCCUCCUACAGCCUCAGGGCUCUAUUGGCCGAAAAGUUCUACUUCGAGUCUAUAUGAUACUGCAGCAUUUGUGCCUGACAUAUACAGCUCAACCGUGCAAGACACCCGCUGCCAUCAGCUUUAUGGCCCUGCAAAAAGACUGCGAUGGGAGUUAUAAUUAGUAAGGAGGUUUUUGAUUAUUUUUAACAGAGCGAAGUGUGUUAUAAUAUGUGAUCUUAUAAACUAAACAAACCUCUGUUGUACAUUUUUCAGAAGUUUUAGCAAUACACUAUUUUUAUGGACAAAAA